AUGCAGAUCACCAUGCAAAGCAACAGCUCUGUAUCUGAGUUCAUCCUCCUUGGCUUCUCCAGUGAGUCACAGGUCAGAAUAGCCCUCUUUCUCUUCUUCCUUCUCCUCUACCUCGUCACCCUUCUGGGCAAUGGACUCAUUGUCACCCUGAUCUACCUGGACUCCCGUCUCCACACGCCCAUGUACUUCUUUCUCAGUGUCCUCUCCUUGGUGGACAUGAGCUAUGUCACCACCACUGUGCCCCAGAUGUUGGUUAAUAUGGUGUGGCCAAGGAGGACCAUCUCCUGGGGAGCUUGUGUGGCCCAGAUGUUCAUCUUCUUGGUGCUGGGCAUUGCUGAGUGUGUCCUCUAUGCCGUUAUGGCCUAUGACAGGUAUGUAGCCGUUUGCUUUCCUCUUCACUAUACCCUGCUCAUGAGCCGUCCUUGUUGUAUCAAGAUGGUCACAGUCUGUGGGUCCAUUAGCAUAGCCGGAUCCCUGGUCUACACCAUUUUCACCAUGCGUCUGCCUUACUGUGGUCCCUAUGAGAUUAACCACUUCUUCUGUGAAGUUCCUGCUGUCCUAAAGUUGGCCUGUGCAGACACGUCCCUCAAUGACCACUUGGACUUCGUCUUGGGUUUCCUUCUGCUUUUGGUCCCACUCUCCCUCAUCCUGGCCUCUUACAUCCGCAUCUUUGCCUCCAUCUUAAGAAUCCGCUCAUCUCAGGGGAGAUUCAAAUCCCUCUCCACAUGUGCUUCUCACAUCACCACGGUCAUCAUGUUCUAUGGACCAUGUAUGAUGAUGUACAUGAGACCCGGCUCCUGGUAUGACCCAGAGCGGGACAAGAAGCUGGCCCUGUUCUACAAUGUUGUCUCUGCCUUCCUCAACCCCAUCAUCUACAGUCUCAGGAACAAGGAUGUAAAGAGGGCCUUUCUGAAAGUAUUUACAGUCACGGGGACAGCUCAAUGA